UCCCCGCGCCCCCGCCCGCUCCCCUCCCCCUGCCCAAAAAGACACAGCCCGGCUCCCGGAGCGGCGCCUCCAGUCGCGGCGGAGCGCGGCGUUGGCGCGGAUGGAGGGCGCGAGCGGGCGGCCUCGGCGGCUGCACCCGGCGGGGCGCUGAUGCGGCGCCUGGACCUCCGCUGCUCGACUUGGGGGGCGUCGGCCGAGUGGGCACUCCGCGAUGCAGCUCCUGAAGGCGCUCUGGGCACUCGCGGGGGCCGCGCUCUGCUGCUUCCUCGUCUUGGUGAUCCACGCGCAGUUCCUGAAAGAAGGUCAGCUGGCCGCCGGCACCUGUGAGAUUGUGACCCUGGACCGGGACAGCAGCCAGCCACGGAGGACGAUUGCCCGGCAGACGGCUCGCUGCGCGUGCAGAAAGGGCCAGAUCGCGGGCACCACGAGAGCCCGGCCCGCUUGCGUGGACGCUCGGAUCAUCAGGACCAAGCAGUGGUGUGACAUGCUCCCCUGUCUGGAGGGGGAAGGCUGUGACUUGUUGAUCAACCGCUCAGGCUGGACGUGCACGCAGCCCGGCGGCCGGAUCAAGACCACGACGGUCUCCUGACACACGCAGCCCUGCAGGGGCCUCAGGAGUGGCCUUGGCUCCCAGGAGAGGCCGCAGCUCCGCCACGGUCCUCCGUCCACCGCGGACGCCGCCCGUUCUCCGCCACCCACCCGCCCUCCAUUCCUCUCGCCCGCCAAGGACAGCCUGCUUCCUCGGACGCCUGAGCGGAGUCUGUCCGGCCGCCCGCGGAGCCAGGCCUGGGACGCAGCGGGGCCGCCCGCCUCCCGCGCGGAGGCAGAGGAGGAGGCUGCCGCCGCCCAGCCAGCCCGAGGGAGGAGGACUGACCCUCUCCUUGUGCCCAGACUGUCCGAAUCGCUUUUAUUUUCUUAUCCUUCCAGUAUAUUCGAUAGACCAAAGAGCAAAAUCUAUUUUACCGCGGACCCGCCCUCACCAUCAGAGUCCCUGGGUCGACGGGGGGGCCCGGGGCAGAGACAUGCUGGCGGCCCCCGCGGGGCGGAGGGGGCGGCCCCCGCAGAGGCCUCCGCCCCACGAACACUGCGGCGGCGCAGCCUGAGACGGGCCGGAGGACGCGGCCGCCCCGAGGGACGGGCCGGCGAUGUCCCCUCGCGGAGCCCGCGGGCGCGCCCCCCCGGGAGCCCAGCCCGCCGCGCGCACCCCGCUCCCCUGUGCUUAGAUGGACUCGAUGGUACCAAGGUCUCUUCUGUUUGACCAGUCGAACGCGCCUCUCUGCAGCCCCUCGGUAGUGGUCACCCGGAUUCGCCGUGAGCAUGUUGGGCCUCCCGUGACUGCCGUCUCAUCCCAUCACCGUUCGCUCCAGAAAGCAAAUCAAAGAAAACUCGAGUAGCCCCUGUUGGAAAGAGAUCAUUAAAUGUAUUUUGCAAAGCCUAAAGUUAUAUAUUUAACAGUUUUUAUAUGUUGUAUAUUUGUAGAAAAUCCUAUUUAACAAUAACUGGGGUGGCCCCGGCCGCCCCGAGGGGGGGCCAGGCCCGGGGGGUCCCGACGGCGCUGGGUGGGCAGAGGGGGGCCCAGCACCCUGGAGGGGCAGCCUCUGGGGCAGCGAGCGGAGGACGGGCCAGGACACAGGGACAGCAUGGCCACGGGGCCAGUGAGUCUGGAGGGGCCAUUCCUUUCCACUUGGUUUUGGGGGUGGUCCCCCCCCCAGCUCUGCCCCGGUGAACACGGAGUCGGAAGUGCUUCGCACACGCCUCUCCAGAUGGAUCCUGUUUCCCUCUUUCUCACCCUCUCUCGUCUGUGGACCUGGAGGGCGGUCUGCAGCCCGGCUCUUCUUCCCACGCCGACGCUUCGCUCGUUCUGUCUUCGCGUCGGAGGGUGGGGAUGGCGGGGGGCGGGCCGAGCCCCCCCAUUUUCCCACAGCCCUUCCGCAAGGAGGGGUCACCAGGCCAGAGGCGUAGGGGACAGGUUACCUUCCCCUGGCCACCUGGGCGGUCCCUUUAUUUUCCUGGGUUUCAGCUGAAGUUAACUACCUAAGGGGCCAAUUAACCGGAGUAUUAUGCUAGUUCUACUAAAAAAAAAAAAUAAAGUAAAAAAACUCUAUAGAAGCUGUUCCAGCAGCCCAUAGACUAAAGCUAGGAGAGAAAGUCCAUUUAUUUAAGCCCCGUUCCAGGUCCGGAGGUAGGUGCCCUGGAGUGAAGGCCGGAAGGGCCGGGCUUCGACGGCGUUUGGUUGGUCGUCACACCGUCACCUGACGUCACCGAGGAGGUGGCCCAGCGGGGUGCUGCCCCGCGUGCCCGCCCCAGGCUGCCGGCCUGGGCUCACUCCGGGGGCGCGGAUGGAGGCCCCGCAGGGUCCCCCGGCCCGCCCGCUCUGCCAUCCCCACCCCCUCCCUCCUCGCCUGUUUCUUCCGACAGCGGGUGCAGACACUUGGAGGGCAGAGACCGGGAGAUUGGCGAUGUUACAGCAUUUUUUCCCUUGUUUUACAGUAUUCAAUUUUGUGUUGAUUCAGCUAAAUUAUGGAAAUAAAGAAAACAUCCUUUGAUAA